AUGUCUGGACCUGGUGAGCGAUUCCAUGUCUUGGCGCAGUUGGAUCAUCUUCAUUCCAAGUACACUGGUACUGGGCACGCAGAUACAACACGAUAUGAGUGGUUGACGAAUCAGCUCAGGGACACCAGAGCUUCCCAAGUGAGCCAUCCGGGCAUGACGUCGUUCAUUGCGAUAGUUGAAAACGAGUCCCGUGCCAGAACUCGUUACAACCUCAUCAAUCGAAUGAUACUGCCAUGUGGUCCCCCACCGGAAAAAUCUCCACUUGAUGACUAA